AUGCCGGCAGUGGGCGGCGGGGUGCGGCGCGACGUGUCGGUGUACCGGCGCGGCAGCGGCACGCUGUGCUUCCGCACGCUGCGAGCCCCCGCGCGCCCGCUGUGCUCCUGCGCGCCGCCGCACUGCAGCCGGACACGAUACAACCAAGGCUCAAACGCCGGGCACGAGAGCAAAGAGGUGCAAGUGCCGCCGCCGCCGAUGCAACACGAGCGCACGUCCACGGCCUCCGAGCACGACACAUACACCGUGGACAAGCAGAGUCGCGCCACAUCGCCCGACAGCACCGAGUUCGAGAUCACUUACUUGUCUGAUCUGCCUUUGGAGAAAGAGAAAGCCAGUCCGAUGAAGUCCCGUCCGUUCUCCCCCGGGGAAGACAAGACUACAACCACAUAUACUGACUCUUCGUGCUCGCCUGACACCAACUACACGCUCAGUGAGGGAGAGAUGCCCAUUUGUUCCAAUUCUAAACGGAAGUAUUCCCAUGAUCGAGAUGGAAGAAAUGGAAGGCAGAUGAACGGAACGUUGGCUGAGCCUGCAGAAAAGCCAUGUGAGAAGAUAGAAUCGGCCCUGCAAGCCGUGACGGACGAGAUCGCCCGCUGCAACACUUUACUGAAGGCGCAUCGACCCACGCCAGCCAGCCAGGUGAUCAUACUCAAUACCAACGUCUUCUAAAACCUAUGUAAUGUAGUCUAGCAUCUAGUCUUAAUAUUUAUAUUUAAUUUUAUCAAUAAACUUUUUGACGCGAAAUAUAAUACCUACGUAGGAUUGCGGAUAACAUUUGAAUUGUAAUAAGUUAAGAAGUUAAACACGGACAUAAAAAUUACUUUGAGGUUUUUUAAUAGGGGUUAAAGUAUGAAAUUGCCGAUUUGUACUGAAAAUGUAAAUUGUAUUUUUUUUUUAAUUUUUAACAAACUUACUUAAUCAAAAUAGUUGCCAUUAUUAUCUAUACAUUACGGCCAUCUAAUAGGAAGGUCAUUUAUGCCUUUACGAUAGAACUCUGAGGAUCUAGACUGCACAAACUGUGUGAAAGAAUUUUGUUCUGCCUCCUGGGAAGAAAACAUCUUGUCACGCAAAUAAUUGUCCAAAUCUAAAUAAAAAAUGUUACCGUUAAAGCAAGUUCUGGCGAAUAUGGAGGCAGACGAAUAGUUUCCAACUGCAGUUCCUGAAGAGUUAAAACGGUUUCUCUUGCUGUAUGAGGUCUCGCGUUGUCAUGGAACAAUAACGGUGAAGGUCGAUUCAUAAGUCGUGGCUGUUUUACUGCUAAUUUUUUCAACAUUAUUCGGUGUUCGGCUGGUUAUUUGGGUAGUUUGACUAGGAUCGGCGUUCACCGUCUCUCUCAAUUCCUCGUUAAUCACCUGUCAGACGGUCUUCCCCGUGGCUCGUUCUUCAAGUCGAAACCACCACGAAAGCGUUUAAUCCAAAAUCGCACGAUGUGUUCAUUAGCAGACACCUCUUCAAAUGCGGCAUUGAUAUUGCGGGCUGUUUCUGCCGUUCACUUCCGCGGCGGAACUCAUAUACUCAUAUUGUUUAAGUUGAAUAACAAAAACAAUUGAACAUCGAUAUCAAAUGUUUCACAUUUUUUAAAAGAAGAACCUCACAGAAACCAUGUGAAAAAAGUUUCAUUCGAAAACCUCAAACCAUGAAGACUCUAUGGCAAUUAUUGCCAUAGAGUCUAUAGUCUAUAGUCCAUAGAUACUAUUCUAGUAGGUUUUUGAAUAAUUCAAAAACCUACUAGAAUAGAAUAAAACGGCAAAUUUCAUACUUUAACCCCUAAUAUAAUAACGGCAAAGGACCACGCCCCAUAACUUAGGUAAAGGUCAAAAAAUAAUACAAUUUCUUUACUCAGGGAUAGCACUAAGUGGAGAUGAGAUCCGCUUUGGUGGAGUCUGCGCAUACUGUAAUUAUACUAUCUAUAUGUAUUUAUAAAAAUUAAAAUCUCAGAAACUAACAGUGCGAGUGUUAGAUAAAUGUAAAAGGCUAUCCGUAAAAAAUCGCACGUACUAUUAAGGUCUAUCUUCCAUCUGAUUUUGGUUAAGUGUUUAGGUACAUACAGGCUAUUUAUUUUUGUAUACCAAAGUAUUGGUAGUUAGAAAGUAGUUGUAAAUUAUAUAUUUAGCUAUUAUUUAUUUAAUGUUCACUUGUAAAUACUAUGUGCGUCUUUAAUAGGCAAGCAUAACUAGGUAAUAUUAUUGUAAUAGUUUAUUUUGUUUCAUGCUAUGCAUUGCUGUUUGUGCGCCUAAAUAUAUGUAUAAAUAAAUGAAGUAGCCAAA